AUGUCCAGGCCUUCGGAGCCGGCAGACAGUCUCUUCAUUGCCGACCCAUUAAUGGCGCCGACAAGUAUCAAACGAAAUUCGCUUACCACUACCGCCUUCAAGGCUCUCCAGACCGACGACGAGAGGAGCGUCCUUGACAUCGUGGACAAGUUACGACGAUCUGGACUCAACAGCACAAUUGAACUGCCCCAACUCGUUGUUUGUGGAGAUCAGUCGAGCGGGAAGAGCAGUGUCCUCGAGGCUAUCACCGAGAUCCCGUUCCCGCGCAAGGAGAACUUGUGUACGCGUUUUGCGACGGAGAUAAUAUUGCGACGAACAACAGAAAGCACGAUACUCGUCCGAAUCACUCCAUGCAAGACCCGGCCUGAGCCAGAGCAAGAAACCCUCCGCAAGUUCACCGCCGUUCUGAAGGACUUCAAACAGUUGCCGGAAUUGAUUGACGAGGCAUCAACUGCCAUGGGAAUUGGCGUCAAGGCGGCCGCUGGGACGAAAACUCGAGGGCGAAGUGCGUUCGCGAGAGACGUCCUAUCAAUUGAGAUUUGCGGACCGGACCGUACCCAACUGACACUUGUCGACCUCCCCGGUCUUAUUCAAACUACAGGAAAAGGUCAAAGUGCGGGUGACGAAAAACUUGUAUUUGAACUAGUCAGGGAGUACAUGAAGAACCCACGCACAAUCAUACUCGCGAUCGUUUCGGCGAAAAAUGAUUGGCAAAACCAAGUCAUCCUUGAAGAUUGCCGGAAAAUCGAUCCCGACGGAGAGCGCACCAUAGGCAUCAUCACAAAGCCUGACGCAGUUCACAAGAGCGAUGAACCCAACUGGAUCGACCUUGCAAUGAACAAACACAUCUACUUUCAAAGAGGCUGGCAUGUCCUCAAGAACCGUGGCCCAGGAGAAAUGAACACCAGCUUCAAGGAGCGGAACGAAGCGGAGAAGGAUUUCUUCAAGUCUGACACCGGGUUUUCAGCCUUGUCUCCAGAGUUUCUCGGAAUUGAGGCACUCAGGAAGCGCCUGAGCGAAGUCCUCCUUGAGCAUUUGACCAAGGAAUUGCCACUGGUCAAGGUGGAAAUCCAAGAUAAACUGAAACAGACGAUCGCGGAGCUGGAUGGACUUGGCGAACGCCGUAGUACUAUUGGAGAACAACGAUCGGUCCUUGUCCGAAUGUCUCUGGAUAUCCACAAUAUCCUAAAGUCAGCCGUGAUUGGAUAUUAUGAUAACCCUUUCUUCGGACCGCCCGACAUGAAUGCUGGUGUGGACACUCGUGAGAAUAUCCGCCGCUUUCGAGCGGUCGUCCAGCAUCGUAAUAAGAAGUUUGCGGAGACCAUGAGACGACAAGGGCAUCGGUAUGCUAUUGAGUGCGGUCCCGGAGACUGCGAAGCAGACGUGAAAGAAGCGGAGAAAGCCAAAAAAGAGCUUGCUAGUAUGGACCGCGAUGAUUUGGGCGCAAAGCUUCCAAAGCCAAAACAGACAACGCGUCCACAAGCAAUCGACUGGGUCCAAAAGAUCCUGGAACGUUCUCGCGGAUCUGAGCUCCCGGGAAACUUCAACCCCACGUUGAUCGCUCAAUUAUUCUGGGAUCAGAGCGCACCGCGGAACGAUAUUGCCGACCUGCACAUUGAAAGUGUCGCAUCUGUCUGCAAGCAAUUUGUCCACAACGUUGGCAAAGGCAAAGGAAUCCAGCAAGGACGAACUGGCAAAGCUCAUAAAGGACAAGGCCCGACCCCAAUGACUUAUAACGAGCACUUCACAAUAGAUUUGCAGAAGCAGCGUCAGAGGAAGAACGCUCGAAUAACCCAGGAUGCUGUCAAGCAGGCCGAAGCGAGCGUUGUCUCUGCGAGCGGGGGAACGACGAAGCAAAUCGAUCCCGUCAAGCUCGAAGAAGCAUUUGGAAGAUCCAUUGAACAGAACAUGGAUAGAUUCUCUGCAGAAGAGGCUCUGGACAAUCAGCAAGUGUACUACAAGGAUGAGCGCAUGUACUUCAUCAAUGCCGUCGUCAAGACAGUUAUCGAACGUCACCUCGUCGAGCCGCUCCCAGACAUUAUUUUGUCGCCUCUGGUCAUCACCCAGAUGACCGAUAAAGAAGUGGAACGCGUCGCCGCCGAGGCCAAGGAGACCACUGCACGUCGUAACUACCUCGAACAGCGCAAACAAAUGUUAGAGCAGGGGAUUGAGACCUUCAGAGACGCUGUGUGUGGCUUGCAGAGGGAGACCUGACGAGUUACGACUUACGCAGUCUGCCAUCUAG